AUGGAAGAUGGGAAUUUGGCUGAUUAUUGCAAGAAAAAACUUGAAGAAGAUUCAGACGGAGAGGAAGAAUUUGCGCUGACUGUUUCAGCUCAAUUGGUUUGCGCGUUAGAUCACAUUCACGAUCAAAACAUUAUCCACAGAGAUGUCAAGCCGGAGAAUGCUAAGCUAGCAGAUUUCAACAUCUCUCGUGCAGCUGAAGGAACAGUGACAACUAACGUCGCUGGAACACCUGAUUAUUUACCCCCGGAAGCGAUUAAAAAUCCUGAAAGUGAGAAACUUUGCUUUCGAAGAGACAUGUGGGGCCUCGGAAUCAUUUUUCAAAUGCUUUGCACUUUUAGGAUCAGCUCAAAAUAA